CAUUGCGUGCUGCGUGCGUCGCGCCGCGCCUGCGCAGUUGUCGACGGCAGCAGCCAUCAUGGCGGUGUGUGGCGCGGCGGCGGCAACAGCGUCUGCAUUGACUGAAGGCGUCGGGCGUCGCUGGUAUUUCAGCCGGGAGCAGCUGGCGCGGAGCCCCUCUCGGCGCGCGGGCCUGGACCCGGACAAGGAGCUCUCGUACCGGCAGCAGGCGGCCAACCUGCUCCAGGAUAUGGGCCAGCGCCUCAAUGUUUCGCAACUGACUAUUAACACAGCUAUUGUCUAUAUGCAUCGCUUCUACAUGGUUCAGUCCUUCUCCCAGUUUCACCGAAAUUCUGUAGCACCAGCUGCCCUUUUCCUGGCAGCCAAGGUGGAGGAACAACCUCGAAAACUGGAGCAUGUAAUCAAGGUCGCCCAUACCUGCCUUCAUCAUCUAGAGGCCCUUCCUGAUACACGGAGCGAGGCUUACCUGCAACAAGCCCAAGACCUGGUCAUUCUAGAGAGCAUAAUACUGCAGACCCUGGGGUUUGAGAUCACCAUAGAUCAUCCUCAUACACAUGUUGUGAAGUGUACACAGCUAGUUAGAGCUAGCAAGGAUCUGGCACAGACCUCUUACUUCAUGGCUACCAACAGCCUUCACCUAACCACCUUCAGCCUGCAGUACACCCCUCCCGUUGUGGCCUGCGUCUGCAUCCACUUGGCCUGUAAGUGGUCCAACUGGGAGAUCCCAGUCUCCACGGACGGGAAGCACUGGUGGGAGUACGUUGAUGGCACUGUAACUCUGGAACUCUUGGAUGAGCUGACCCAUGAAUUCCUUCAAAUCCUUGAGAAAACUCCUAACCGGUUGAAACGAAUCAGGAAUUGGCGGGCCAACCAAGCAGCCAAGAAAUCAAAGACUGAUGAGCAAGGUGAUGAUGACUGCCUUUCAGAACAGACCAUUUUCAACAUGAUCUCCAGAAGUGCAUCAGAUACAACCAUCGCAGGUCUUAUGAGUAUGUCUACUUCCUCAACAGCAGGAGCCAUGGCUUCACUGCCAGUCACAGAUGGGGACUCUCCAGGAGAGCUGGGCAGCCUGGAUGCAAUGUCAGGAGAUAGCUGGAUAGCUCCACAUGCAGCACAUAAACUAGAGGUCAGCCAUAGAGCUAAUGAAAUCUCAGCCAAUACAGACCAUCCACAUCAUGACAACAGUAGUGGUUCCUUCUCUAAGCAAAACAUUAAGAGUGCACCACUAGCAAAAGUGUCAUUAAAAGAGUAUCGUGCCAAACAUGCUGAGGAGUUGGCUGCGCAGAAACGGCAGCUGGAAAACAUGGAGGCUAAUGUGCGCUCCCAGUAUGCCUAUGCUGCUCAGAACUUGCUUGUGCAGCAGCAGCGGGAAAGAGAUGUACAGCAAGAGAACAACCCAUCUCCUAUCAUUCUGAAAAUCCCUUUGGCCAGCAACUCAGAUGGUUCUGAACGGCCCUCUGCUGAAAAGGCUGACAAGUCCUCAUCAGCCCUCAAAGUGCGCCUGCCUGCACCAGGAGACAAACCACCUGUUUCUUCCUCCAAGCCAGAGGAGAUAAAAAUGCGCAUCAAGGUGCCAACUUCCUUGGAUCGUCAUGGCUCCUCUGAUGAAAGUAGUGGCAAGAGCAGGGGGGAACAUAAGGAAAAACAUAAGGUCCACUCUUCUAACCACCACCACCACAAUCAUCAUUCUCACAAACAUUCACAUGCGCAACCUGCUGUCAGCAUUAAGCGACCAGGAGACUCCAAGCAUGGUAACCAAAGUGGCAUUGUAUCCCAUAAAGUUGGUCUCGUCCCAACUUGUUCCUCCCGUAAGAGACCACUUCCUGAGGAUGCCUCAGCUGUAGCACAUGAACCCUUACCAAAAGUCAAUAAGAGUUCAAAAGGGCCCACCGUACAGUUUCCCUUCCCUCAGCAUCCUGGACACAGCUUGGAUACGGCCGGUCUACCUUUUCCCCAGGGCAGCAAGGCCAGAGGGACUCAUGCAAAACUGGACAAAAGCACUGCGGGAGCAAAUGGGCAUAAUAUGAACCAGACUAUUGAUUACCAGGAUACAGUGAACAUGCUGCACUCCUUGCUUAGUGCUCAGGGCAUGCAGCCUACCCAACCACCUACCUUUGACUUCGUACACUCGUAUGGCGAGUACUUGAACCCCAGAGCUGCUGCAAGUGUGGAUAAACCACGGCCACCCCCACUACCCUCAGAACCUCCUCCUCCCCUGCCGCCUCUCCCGAAGUGAUCAGCAUUUUAACUACUGAAGUUAAGCUGCCCUCUACCAAGGGCAGAUUGCUCAUAGUGAUCUCCACUGCCUUGUGUGAAUGCCCCAUUCCCCCCUUUUAAAAUGUUUUUAUUAUUGGUAUGAGAAUGUGGAGCCCUUUGAAGCUGUGAAAAGGUAUGCCCAUCUUUCUCCAUGCUCUUCCCCCAACCCCUCCAGUCCUGCUGGAAAGAGACAGGGAUUAUGUUUCUUGUCAUACUUUCCCUCACUUGUGUAGAAUGUGGGGUUCAAAGGUCAUGAACCAGGAGAUGGCACAGGGCUAUUUAAAUUUUCAGACUUUAUCUUUCUAAAAGACAUUUUAAAAUAAUUUAAAAUAAGUUAUAUGUUCUUAUUGUUGAUUUUAUUUUUCUAAAUUGGACAAAGGAAGGGUUUACAGCAGAAGCUGAAAUUGAAGUAGGGCUCUGUCUACUUACUCUUAUGUAUGUUUUGUCCUAAUUGAAUUUGCUUCUCUCCAAAUGGAGGUUUGAAAAGGAAGGAAAGGUGUAAAAAGCCUCUGAGAAAGCAUGAGCACUGACCAUAAGCGCAGUAGUUGGGUAGGUGGUGGAGCUCACUGCCUUGGUUUUAACAGUUCACCAGCAGAUGAGUAGAGACUAAUGCAGGCCCAUAUUUCCAAAUGGCAUUGGAAAUAAUAAAGUGUGUGUUGCUUGCUUUGUUCAGCCCUUCCUGCUGAGCAGGGAGGAUGGAAGAACAUGGUUUUCUUAAAUCUCUCACUUCCUACUUGACUGCACUGCUUCCACUGGGUGCCCUGUUAUGUCUUCCACCUAAAUGCAGUCAUUUGAGGAUGAAUGUCUGCCUAGCUUAGACACUAAAGUUCUGAUAGGACUGUUAUAAAGGUGGAUAGGACUAUGGGAACUCGCAAGUGUGCCUUCAAAAAGAAAGGUUGCUGCAGAAAUCUGUCUGGGAAGAGAGCCCAGUGGGUGUGCUAGCGUUCCACAGAGUGGAGCAUCUGUGGCUUGCCACACCCCAUUUUAUUCAAUGAUGGUAACUGAACAUGGAUGUGCACACAUUACCAACCAUUGAAUAAUAUGGGGAGCAACUGCCCAUAUUUUUCCCAUCCAUGGAAGGGCCUGGAACUGAAUUCUUACAGAUGGGAAGGGUCCACUGUAUUAGUUGGAAGGAAGAGGCACUGGAAGGGAGGUCGGAAGUCUAUGUGAAUGUUAGAACAGUAAUCGUGAUUCUGGGAUGCUUUAAAUUGUAUUUAACCUGCAUUAUGGGAUAUGAGAUUUUCACAUUUUGCUAGAAUGGGGGGGAACUUCUAAGUUAAUGUCACAACAGCAACAAACAAUUAGGCAAAUUUGGAUUCAAGCUUAGAGGAGUGAAUCUAGGUGAAACCCAUGUGUCUUCUCCUUUAAAGAUGUUUACCAACAGUACAAAACUGUCCAGCUUGAGCAUGCCCUCAAUUGGUUUCAUUCCUAGUAAGGAACAUGUGGGAACUGACUCCCACUAACUCUUACCCCAAAGGGGAAUAUGCCAGUUUAAAGUUGUACAGCAAAAGACAUAGGAUUCUGUCCUGAAUGCAAGGUUAAAUGGGACUAAUCUUUUAAAAAUGGCCAUUUGUGGUAUUUGUUUCAUCAGAGUUUUUUUAUUGUACAAGUCAGCUUGGUUUGAAUAAUGAUAGCAAUUGGAUAAAACACUGAAUUGUCACUCUUAAAUUCCAACUUUGCUGUUCUUUGAGUAUACCAACUCUGGUUCAGCAACGUCUUUCAUGGUAUUCCCAUUUGCUUUGAAGAAAUGUUGAAAUUGAAAUCUGAAAAAGUGUUUGGUAUAACAGAUUAUUGUGGUUUUUGUUCUGGGCUGAAAUGGAAUACCUUGACUAAUAUGUAUCAAUAGAAGUCUAUUCUGAUGUCUUAAAUGGCAAGGAAAAUUGGAGAACAGACUUUGGCCUGCAGUUUCAUGUGAGUGAAGCUUUAAUUGCUGCAGGUUUCAAGUAGUGCAUCAUGUUUAAAAUAACAAAAGACACUCGUCUGUGGGUAUCUGUUUGGUUUUUAUUGGAGUGUUUUUCUGAAUUUGGAACAGUGAUUAUUUUCCCAUCACAUCUAGAUUUCUGAAGCAGUGGUAUCUCAGCUACUGAUGGUUGCAAACUUUGGACCUAGUUUCAUAUAAUCUUUCAAAACCUGUUUCUAAUUCCCAGCUCAUAUUAUUACUAUUCUAAGUUUCAAUAAAUGUACUGUCUCCACA